GCGUCGAUCUGAAAGUUUGGCGGGGACUGGUCGGCUCCGGGCCUGCACGGCCGCCGCUAUGGUCGCCAAGAGGAGGUUGUCGAAGUCAGUUGAAGAGCAGCGUGACCCUGGCGCGAAAGCCAUAUCAAGAGCGAAGAAGAGCAAGAUUGAUGGUAGAAAACCGAGCCCAUCUGCCCAGGAAGGGGAGGUGGAGGACAACACUGUGUUCGUUCAGCUGCUGAAAGCAUCAGGAGUGAUUCUGAAAUCUGGAAACCUACCAAAUGAGCUAACUUUGGACCAAGCAGUGUUCCAGAAGAAGCUUUUUCAAGGUCUACGGAAACACCCACACUAUCCAAACGUUCUGCAGGAGUUUAUAUCUGGUUUGGAGUCGCACAUUGAAGACCGAGAUAAGUUCAGGAACUGUCUUUUAGCCUGUGGACUGUCUCAAAUGGGAGAAUCAAGCAAUGCAGGGACCUCUUACCAGGAAAGUCUGAUAAAGCUGCUUCUGGGGAUUGAGGUACUACAGCCUCCAGUCAUGAACACUUUAUUUGAAAAAAUUCCCGAAUUUAUAUAUGACAAUGCACCUGAGGAUGGGAUUAACAUGCCCCGGCUAAUCAUCAAUCAGUUUAAAUGGCUGGACAGAAUCGUGGAUAGCAAGGAGAUGACUAGUAAAAUCAUGCAGCUGAUCAGCGUUGCACCCCUGGAGAUCCAGCGAGACAUCAUCACCAGUUUGCCAGAGAUCCUGGAAGACGCACAGCACAAUGAAAUAGGCAAGGAGCUUAAUUUGCUGUUGCAGCAGAACACUCAGCUGACAGUACCUAUCUUAGAUGCUCUCUCCAGCCUCAAUUUAAGGACAGAGCUAUUAGCUGAGGUGCGUCAAUCUGUCAUGUCAACCCUGUCUGCAGUGAAUCUUGAAGAUCUGCCUGUAGUCAUCAAGUUCAUUCUUCACGCCAUCACAGCAGCCGAUGCAGUAGAGGUGAUCUCAGAAUUGCGCAGGAAGAUUGAGCUGGAGUCUUGUGUGCUUCCCCCACAGCUGCAGCCCAGUCAGAGCCAACAAACGUGCCGGAAUCCUGGCGGAACUUCAAUAAAUCAGGUGAAACAUGACUGUGUUGGCAUUAUGUUUGAUGUCAUAAAAGUCUCCGUGAGGUUUCAGAAGACAACAGCGGAAGCCUGGAUUAAGGCUAUUGAGAAAGUAGAUUCCGCUGCAGAACACAAGGUCAUAGAUCUGCUAGUCCUCUUGAUACUUCACACAACCAACACAAAUAACAGCAAGAAACAGGUGGAGAAGCUGCUACGUAAUAAGGUCCGUCUCGGAAACAUCCGGAACCAGCUUCUCCAGGUUGCGUUCAAGAGCCAUGCUACGGUUGUUCGCGAGUACUUUCCCACCAUACUGUCUCUGGCCCAGACCCUGCUGAGAUCCACAGAUCCAAGUGUGGUAUCAUUUGCCUGCGAGAUGUACAAGCUUGCUUUUAGAACGUUUGACUCCUAUUGUCAGCAAGAAGUUGUUGGUGCGCUGGUGACACAUGUUUGUAGCGGUUUCACUGCAGAGGCCGAUGUCUCCCUCGAUGCCCUUUUAGACCUGGUUUCUCACAGCUUGUCUGCUAUGGCUGUCUAUGCUGUUUUUGUGAAGGGAAUCCUGGACUACAUGGAUAACUUGUCUAUCCAACAGAUCAGGAAGCUGUUCUACAUCCUCAGCUCGCUGGCUUUCAGUAAAGGACAAGAGGGGAGUCACAUUCAGGAUGACAUGCACAUUGUGAUCAGGAAACAGUUGUCCAGCACGAUAUCCAAGUAUAAGCGCAUCGGGAUCAUUGGAGCGGUCAUGAUGAUUGGCAGCCUGGCUUACAACAGGAGCAAAGCUGAAGAAGCAUCUUCCAAUUCGGCAACCAUGAGCAAGGAGUCACUACGACAGGCCACCGCGCUGCUGGAGUUAGUCCGUGGAUGCAGCGAGCAUUCCCCAGAGGCCGCGGCUCUGUAUUACGAUGAGUUGGCUAACCUGGUGCAGAAAGGAAACCUGGAUCCACAAGUGCAGGAGUUGAUUGGGAGAAGUGUGCUAGAUGAUUUUCAAGAAGAUUUUGUGGUGGAUCAGGGACCAGUUAUGGAAGGUAAAUAUGUGCUGCCACUAAUGGUGAUGUAUAACCUGGACGAAGAGGAGAGUGAGGGCGGGAUUGUUAUCAACCUUCUCCCACUGCUUUCCGAGAUGCUGACCAACGGUUGGGAAAGAGCACCAGUCAAACAUGGAACUAAGAAGGGUAUUUCUCCUGUGUGUCUUGCCUCCUUCUUCCGUUUACUGAGAUUCUGUGAAGAGGUACAGCACAAUGGCAACUUGGAGGAGAUUGAUGCUCUAUUAGGUUGUCCAUUGUACAUGACCAACGAUGAAAUGGUAGAGAAAUUGGAGUCACUGUCCAAACAGGAGCGAGAGCUUCUAUGCUCACUACAGUUUCAUGCCCUGAAUUGGUUUAGAGAGGUGGUGAAUGCGUUCUGUAAACAGCAAGACCCAGAGAUGAAGGGCAAGGUGCUCCUUCGAUUACAGAAUAUCACCCAGCUGCAGACCAGUCUGGAGAAAUGUCUUGCAGCAACUCCUGGGUACAGUCCCCCAUUAGCGUGCUUCGAUUGUGAGGUCUCAGACGUUACUCCAUUCAUAGCUCCUGCAGCACCAGCCAAGAAGGGGAAGAAAGGUCGGAAGGUUAAGAAGAGGACAAAAUCUGACAGCAACAAGAGCUCCUCCACAGACAGCUCUCAGACUGAGGAACCAAUGGAAGAAAGUCAUAUACAGGCUGAACAGACCCAAGAGAAGGACAAUGCUGAGGAGGGAAAGGUCUCUAUUAACCUAUCCAAUUACAGAGCUUACUUCCGAGAGCUUGACAUCAGUGUAUUCACCAUCCUACGUUGUGGCCUGGUAACCAAGUCCUUAUUGGACACUGAGCAAAAUACCAAGGUUACCGAGGUUGUACAGCUCGGGUCAGCAGAGUUGAUGUUUCUUCUGGAGGACCUGUCCCGGAAAUUGGAGUACAUCCUGAUAGCAACAGCUACCAGGAAAAUAAACUUUCUAAAGGUCAAAGCAGAUCGUGAUGUUGGGUUUUCACACUUGCGCCAGAACACUCCACUUGAAAUGGCUCGGUUUGCUGUCCACCUGCUUGAUGCUUUCUGCAAUCAUCUGGAAAAUAUUCACAACUACUUUCAGGUGAUGAUGGGAGAGAAUAAUGGAGUGGUGGAUGCCCUGGGAGUGAAUGUGAAAGAACACCAGCUGAUGUCCACGUGUUAUCAGUUACUGCUUCAGAUUUUGCACACACUCUUUGUUUGGAGUGGAUUUUCCCAGCAUGAAAACAGUAAACUUUUGAAGGAAGCCCUUGGGGUCUUGACGGCUAGACUAAAACCUGGAGAUCUGGAACUGGAAGAAUUGUUUAGGCAAACAUUCCGUUAUCUGCAGAACAUCCAGAGCAGUGUUCCCAGCUGUCUCUCUGCGGUCACUCUGACUCAGCUCCUUAUUGUCAUAGCAAAAAGGUCUCCAGAUGACAAAUACAAGGAGCAAAUAGCUUUGAUUGCCCGAGGCUUUCUGUGCCAAUCCUGGAUUCUACCCACAGGGGAAAGAGAGAAGGGGAUUAAAUACAAUGAAGCACUGCAAAACCUUCUAUGUAUUUACUUGGAGCACACAGAGGAUGUCUUGCAGUCUGUGGAGGAGAUUGCUGGUGUGGGUGUCCCCGAACUGCUUAACUCAAGCAAGGAUGGCAGCUCAGCCACAUUCCCAACAUUGACCAGGCAAACGUUCUUGAUCUUCUAUCGGGUGAUGAUGAGGGAACUUGAAAAAUCAGUCAAGUGUAUUCCUGCCGGCAUGCCAUCCGAUUCGAGUGAGGUACAAGCGGAGAAGCUGUUACGUUGGAAUUUAGCUGUACGGGAUUUCCACAUCCUAGUAAACCUGGUAAAGGUAUUUGAUACCAGGCCUGUACUUGGAAUUUGUCUCAAGCAUGGACGAUUUUUCUUGGAAUCUUUCGUGAAGCAAGGCAUGCCACUGCUGGACUACAGCUUCAAGAAACACAGGGAUGACGUGCAGAGUUUGCUGAAAACACUACAGCUGAGCACUCGACAGAUGCACCACAUGUGUGGGCACACCAAGAUUAACCAGGACACCAGUCUGACCAACCAUGUGCCCCCCAUGAAGAGGCUGCUGGAGUUAUUUGUGUACCGGGUCAAAGCCAUGCUAACCAUUAACAAAUGCCAAGAAGCUUUUUGGCUGGGAAACCUCAAAAACCGAGACUUACAGGGAGAAGAGAUCCAGUCCCAGUUGUCUCAGCAGGAGAGCGAGAGGGAUGAACAAUCCCAGGUCCCUGAGGACGAUGCCGAAGAGGAGGAAGAGGAGGAUAGCGAACCAGAUACCAAUAAAUCUACAAAAAAUGGAGGAAGCACAGAGGACUCUGAUAAUGACUAGGUCAAUAAUGAAGACUUACUGUGCUGUGAAUGGAUUGAUAGUAAGGAACAACCAACAGUGCCUUGUGUUAGUCUGUUUCCAGCUUCCUGUGAUGUCUUUCAUUGUUUGGCACCAAAGCCAUCCCAAAGAACUGGGGUGAUGCCCAGGAAACUUGCUGAAAAAAAAAUCACAAUGGGUAAAACAAACCCAUUUGGGAAUCGAACAGAAUGGAAGCUCUCCAUUAGGGGUUUUCAGCGUUUGCCCUUGUUUGUGAGUUUGAUAUUUGGUUACCAUGAGUUUCAAAUGAAAAAUAAAACCAAGAUUGUUAAAAAGUUACCUGAACAGUGAGUUGUCAGCAUCACUGAGCUGCCCACAGAGAGCAGAGGGACCUGUGUGAUUACUUUGUUUGGCACUGUUGCACCUCAAUUACUGGAAUAUCAAUGUUAAUGAGAUAUGUAAUAAAUUGUUAAAGUAC